AUGCUUGGCCGUGUAGUUGCCAAUUUCAGGCAACCACUGGUGGACUUUAGACCGACGAACGCCUCCGAACAUCACAUCACAGACCCUAGUAUAACGCCCUGGGGAGGGAAUCAGUUUGCCCAGAGGGCCAAGAAUGCAGGGAGCUUCAAGCUCCAUGUUCUCAAGCUCCUAAACCUGUCUGUGGACGGAGACAUGGAGCUGAGUCGCACCUUUGCUAGCAAGAAAGUCACGGUGUAUGAGCUCCAGAUGCAGGAGGACGUGUACAAAAACCUCCUCAAGGACCCUCAGACAAAGGAUUGGAUCAUCAAGAAAUGCUCGCAGCUCGAACGUCUUUACAUGAUCACGACCGUCUUGGUCUGGUCCGACGCUGAAAUCACUGAGUCUUCGGCGCACAACGCAGCCCAGAGUGGCCAGGUCGAGGUUCCUGUCGGCGCCGCCGCCCCCAUACCGAUUUCGGGAGCUCACGUCAAGGCGUCCGCCGGCCGGGUCAAGGAGGAGAGCCAGGAGAGUACGCGCUGCAGCGUUGGGGAGCAUGUGUUCGCGGUCGGCUACAAGAUCAUCCGAAAGCGACUCCGAGAUAUUGGGCGCGGCGCCGUGCCUAUCUACAAGGAUCGGCAACCCACCUACGCGGCCGAUAGACGACUAGGCACGGAGGAGACGCAACAGAAGAACGAUCAGGAACCGGCGGAGAUAGAAGAGGAGCUUCCGCACCUGGAUAUGAAAGGAGAAUGGGCGGAAGGGGUGCUUGAUGAUGAGGUUGAGAUUAAGGCUGACGGGGGCUCGUUUUGGUUGCAGGGCUGCGGGUCGAUCAAUUAG